AUGGUGCCAGUUUGUAAAACUACUGAUUUACGUAAAAGAAGCAUCCCAUUGUCAUGUAUAAUUCAGAACGUGGCCGGCAUAUAUGGCCUCUCGGUGAAUACCUUGCAAGCGCUAUCUCGAAUAGAUCUACUGCUUCACAAGACCCAAAUUCUGACGGAACAACCGCGGUUGGAUCCCUGGCUAGCCAGAGUUCUCGUAACGGAGCUUUUGUGGCGCAACAAAUGCCUUAAGAGUCGUUCCAAACCAGUCUUAACCAUACUAGCUUAUGAGAGCAAGCUACGAGAAGAGUUCAAGAGCUUCGAACGCAUAGAAACUACCAUCGUUCGUACAGAGAAAGUGCAAAGGCCUAGAUAUGUUCGUGUCAAUACUCUCCUGUUAUCAGUGGAAGAAGCCAUUUCCAACUUUCAGGAAGAAGGAUGGCGAUUAUUGCCCAAAAGCAUAACAUAUUCUUCAUAUUUGCAAUCCUUAUCACGAUUAUCAAAACCAUAUUUCAUACAAGAUCUACAUGUACCGGAAGUGUUGGUUUUUCCAUCUUCAACACUGUUUCAUCAACACAGUGGUUAUCAAAAUGGCAAGCUGAUUCUUCAAGAUAAGGCUAGCUGCUUGCCGGCGCAUUUAUUGAAUCCCGUCAGUGGCUCCGUAGUGCUGGAUAUGUGCGCUGCGCCCGGUAUGAAGACUACUCAUAUGGCAGCAAAAUUGCAAAAUUAUGGGAAGAUUUAUGCUGUAGAGAUUGAUGCCAUGAGAUUUGAAACCCUAUGCGGUCAGAUAAAAAAGACUUGUUCCUUUUGCGUAGAACUUGUUAAUCAAGAUGCCUUGACUCUCAAUCCAGAGCGAUAUUCGGAUGUAGAGUACAUUUUAGUCGACCCGACUUGUUCUGGAUCAGGCAUUGUUGAUAGACCAAAACAAAGCAAUAUGGAUGACAAGCCUGAGGCAGAGCGUCUGCAAAAUCUACAAUCGUUUCAAGUUUAUCUUCUUAGAUAUGCACUGUUCAAUUUUCCAAAUGCGAAGAAAAUAAUCUACAGCACUUGUUCUCUUUAUCCCGAGGAGAAUGAAAAAGUAAUAGACGAAGUUCUCGCUGAUAUUGGUAACGCUUAUCAUUUGGUACCAAUUAGACAAUUGCUCAAAAAUAACUGGACAAACUUUAGUUCCAAAGAAUAUAAAUGCAGUGACACAUGUUUGUACUCGAAACCGAAUGACGAUUAUUGCAACGGUUUCUUUAUAGCGAUAUUCGAAAGGAACUUUGAUGUGAUUUUACCAAAGUGCAAACUCAAAGGUGGUAACGAAUACAGAAAUCUUAAAGCUGACUUAAAUGUCGAGAAAAAUAAUACAGCGAAACCAGUUGCACAUAAGCGAAAAAAGCAUGGAGAAAAGAAGAAGGAUGAAAUCUCAAUUGAUGAACAUAUAACCAACGUAUCGACAGAUAUUGUUGAGUUUGUACCCGAAAUUAAAAGCAAAGUAAAGAUAGAAAAAAAUAACAAAGAAACAAAAACUAUCGAUGUUUGCAAUGAUUUAUCCAAUAUUAAUCAUAAAGAAAUGUUGAAUGAAUCUGAAGACAUAUUACGGAAAAGAGCAUCCGAAAAUAUGAAAAUUAAAAAAUCAAAAAAGCGAAGGUUAAAGCAUGAAAAUAUACUUCAAAUAGAAGAAGAUGAAGAAAUGAUGGAAAUCGAUCAUGUUGGAAAACAAAUUAACGAAGAAAUUGCAAAUCAAAUGCCGAAAAGGAAAAGAAAAGAGAAAAGGAAAAAUGAAAAAGUCACCAAGAUUGAUGAAAUGUAUGUUCGAGAAGUGGAACAAGAUAGUGAAAUUGAACCAUCGAAGAAAAAGAAAAAACAUAAAGAAAAAUAUUGAUGAAAACAAAUAUACUUAUAAAAAAAGCAAAGUUGUAUCGUUUUUUGUAUCGCAACGUAUAAUUCCUUACUCCUUACAUGUUUAGGAAUAUCUAUGGCAGUUGAAAAAAUAUUAGCAGUAGAUGGAAAUAUUACACAUAAGGAUUUUUUAGUCGCUAAAAAGUCGAGUUUUUGAAAAAAUUAAAAAGCCUGCCGUUAUUUAACGAUAAGCAACGAAUACUUACAGUGGAUAAUACUACUUGCGUUCGUUCGUUGUUUAAUGAUCAUGACAUAUAAUUGGACAUGUAAAAUAGAUUUUAUCUUCUGUAUUUGCUUAUUGUAUCAAGAAAUAAAAGAAGGAAAGGCGAGAAGAAAU